CGCGCCCACUCCAAAUCCUCACUGCUGUUCUUCCGUCAUGUUCCCUAUGCUCUCUGUUUAUUUACACAGCUUUAUUGAUUAAACUCGGUCUAACAAACUGAUUUGUUAAAACACCCAGAACCGUAUGAUGUUCUCUGUUUUACAGAAAACAUGAGCAACUGUGUUGGAGUUAGAAGCGAAGCUCGUUUUAAGCGUUUUCAUCGGUAAACACGUCCAGCCCUCUCGGUGCUAGCCUUGUGGCUCCCCAACACCUUGUCAACAAGUGAGUCCGCCACCAUGGACUGCACGGCGCUGGAGCAUGACGCCGUCAAGUUCGCCAAGACAGCUGUCACCUGCGACCACAACGGGAAGUAUAACGAGGCUGUGUUUUACUACAAGGAAGCUGCGCAAGCGCUGAUCUACGCAGACAUGGCUGGGUCUAAACUGGACGGCAUCCAGGACAAAGUUAACGAAUACCUGGAGAGAGUCCAAGCCCUCCACAAUGCUGUCCAGGGGCAGAGCAUUGACCCACUGAAGAGCCGGCAGCAAGUGGACCUGGAGCGGGCUCACUUCUUGGUGACCCAGGCGUUCCAGGAGGACGAGAAGGGGAACGGCGACGAGGCCAUUGAGCUGUACUCCCAGGCUGUGGAGCUGUGCAUCCAGACGUCCAACGAGACCACGGAGCUGACCGUUCAGACCAAGCUGAAGCAGCUGGCUCUCCAGGCCUUGGAGCGGGCGGAAGGGCUUAAAGAAUCCCAGUCCAAAUCUUCUACAGCACAGCCUCAGGUCGCGGCCAAGCCCAGUGGCGGUACCUCUUCGGGAGCUCCCGCACGUCAGUUCUUCCCCCUUGGUCAAGACUUCACCAUCCAUGAUCGCCCACAGCCAAUGCGGGCGGUACAGUCCAGUGAGCCCCAGGGACAGCGCUAUACGUCAGAGGAAAUCGAGGUGCUCAGGAGUACGUCAACAAUCAACGGCAUGGCCUACGUGCCCUUCAUGACCGUGGAUCUGAGAGAGCGGUUUGCCUUCCCUGUUCCCUUCUCGGACAAGACAGGCAAGUUGGCACUGUCUCCCAAGCAAAAAGCCAUCUUCUCUCGCUGGGUGCGGCCGGACGAGAUCUGCAACAGCCCCACCAUGAUCCUGUCUGUGUCCAGCUUCAGCAUCAAGCAGACUGUGGUGUCUGACUGUUCCUUUGUGGCGUCGUUGGCCAUCAGCGCUGCCUACGAGAGGCGCUACAACAAGAAGCUCAUAACCAGCAUCAUCUACCCCCAGAACAGACGAGGUGAGCCAGAGUACAACCCCUGUGGGAAGUACAUGGUCAAGCUCCACAUCAACGGCGUUCCUCGGAAGGUGAUCAUCGAUGACUUCCUGCCGGUGGAUCGUAACGGGGAGCUGCUCUGCUCCUACUCCAGCAACAGGAGCGAGCUGUGGGUCUCCCUCAUCGAGAAGGCCUACAUGAAGGUGAUGGGAGGCUACGACUUUCCAGGGUCCAACUCGAACAUUGAUCUGCACGCGCUCACUGGCUGGAUCCCGGAGCGCAUUGCCAUGCACUCUGACAAUCACUCGUUCAUUAAGGACGACACCUUCCGCAUGCUUUACUCAAGGUUUCACAGGGGAGAUGUCCUCAUCACCACGGCAACGGGAGUGAUGACAGAGGAGGAGGGAGACAAGUGGGGGCUGGUGCCCACACACGCCUACGCUGUCCUUGACAUCCGAGACCACAAGGGGAGGCGUUUCCUCCAACUGAAGAACCCCUGGAGCCACCUGAGAUGGAAGGGCCGCUUCAGUGAGCGGGACGAGAAGAACUGGACCCCAGAGCUCCUCAAGUACCUCAACUUUGACCCCAAGACGGCCCAGAAGUUUGACAACGGUGUCUUCUGGAUUGCAUGGGAGGACCUUUGCCAGUACUUUGACGUCAUCUACCUGAGCUGGAGCCCCGCCCUGUUCAAGGAAUCCUCCUGCAUUCACAGCAGCUGGGAUGCGAAACAGGGUCCAGCGAAGGAUGCGUACAGCCUAGCCAACAACCCCCAGUACAGACUAGAGGUUCAGUGUCCAGCAGGGGGCGCUGCUGUUUGGGUUCUUCUCACCAGGCACAUAACUGACAAGGAUGACUUUGCACAAAACCGGGAAUUCAUCACCCUUGUGGUCUACAAGACAGAUGGCAGGAAGGUGUACUACCCAGCGGACCCCCCGCCCUUCAUCGACGGUAUCCGCAUCAACAGCCCCCACUACCUGACCAAGAUCAAGCUGACCUCGGCUGGCACCCACACCUUCACCCUGGUGGUCUCCCAGUACGAGAAGCAGAACACCAUUAACUACACCCUGCGGGUGUACUCGGGCUGCAAGUUCUCCUACACCAAGAUCCCGACCCCCUUCACCCAUACCAAGAGGGUGACGGGCCAGUGGAAGGGCGCCAGCGCGGGGGGUUGUGGGAACUACAAGGACUCGUACAAACACAACCCCAUCUACCAGUUCAACCUGGAGCGGGCCGGCCCGCUGCUGGUCGAGCUCCGCGGUCAGAGACAGUACAGCGUAGGGUUCGAGGUGGUCACCGUGUCCACGGUCGGGGAACCUGGCCCAGCAGGCUUCCAGAAGAGGGCCAGUGGAGACUACAGGUGUGGGUUCAGCUACCUGGAGCUUGACCAUGUGCCAGCUGGCAUCUACAACGUCAUCCCCACCACCUUCCUGCCCAAACAGGAAGGACACUUCUUCCUGGACUUUAGCAGUGCCAUGGCCCUCAAGGUCUCCCACCUCCAAUGAGGGGAGAGAGAGAGAAGAGAGAGAGAGAGAGAGAGAGAGAGAGAGAGAGAGAGAGAGAGAGAGAGAGAGAGAGAGAGAGAGCAUGAGCAUUUGGGAUAGCCCUAAAGCCAUACCUUGGAUGUCGUUUCAAGGACCUUCGAUUUAAGCCAAAGCCAGCCACAGUUUGGACUGUGGGCACAGGUCAUCUUCUCUGGAUAAAUACUUGUGAGUACUUUGGGGCUGAGCGAGGGGGGAGUUGUCGUCUGGGUCAGGAGGCUCUGAUCCAGACUGCAGGAGAACCACCGAGACUUGUUAUAUGGCUGGAAAACCAUCAUCAGUGGGGCAGUCAUCUGAUCUGUGGACCUCAGAAACCAUGAAAACACACGCAGCACUUUUCACACAUGGCCUCUCUACCACCUUAGAGAGGUCACACCCUUGGUUUGGCCUUUUAUUUUUUUCUCCGCUAGCAUUGACAUACUGCAGGUUACAUGACAUAGCUCUGCACUCAAUAGAUUCACGGGGUACCGCUUCUAUUAGGUCAAACAGGUCGGUUUUGUUCCCGGAGAUGAUUAUUGUAAUUUAUUGAUUACAAAGGGAAUGCUAUUAUUGACUAAUAUUUUCAAUGUGCCAAAUGAAGAUGAUAUGGAUGAAAAUUAUAUUAUUUUCAAUUUCUACUAAAGAUACUGCAAUGCAAACAUUCUGAUCAAAAAGAUUACAUUUAUUUAAGACCGCAAAGCACUAACGUAUUAAUUUCGGAAGCAAUAGCAUUUUGGUUUCCAUGGAGCCAAAUCCAUUGCCCAUCAAACAGAAUCAAAGCUAUCUUAAAAUCUAUUUGAACCCACCAUUAACUUGUGCAACAGCAGUUCAUGCUUAAAAACAUUUGAACAGGGCUUUGCUUGGUAAAGUGAGUUAAAUUCCGAUUGUCGACUAAUUUCUGUUAGAUCUGUGCUGUUUUACUUUUUGUUGAUUGAUACAGGGUAGGAAACAGGAAACUCAAACCACAUGUGAGGCUCAUGUUAACCUGUGCACGAUUUCCACAGGCCUUCUUGUUGGGACUGAAAGGAACAGGGAUUAUGAUGGGUUUAAGUUUUAGCCAAGUUAAAGGGCCCCUGUUUUACGACCAGGUGUGAUGUUGAUAAGCCAUAUAUCAACAUACCAGGCUACACAGGGGACUGUACCAUCUAGUCGGCCGCUUGGUUGAUCUAUCAGUCAUACGUCUAGAGGGGAUGCUCCCACUUGUGAUGUCAUCAACGGGUCGAUUUUGAACUGGCUUGUAUUGACUCACCAACAUCACACCUGUUAAUAGGGGCCCUUAACAUUACAAGAGCACAAGGAUUUUCUUCAGAGGGGCUUUUACUCAAGCUCAAUCUGUCAUCAUGACCUGUUUUGGUACUGUAGUUAAUGAAUGAAUGGAAAAGUGAAUAAAGGGACCUAUGGAAUGGUAAAUAUAGGCUUCAGUGAAUGAAUGAUGCUGUGUUAAUUCUCAGGUGUAAGUCCUCAUCAUUUCAUCUGUAAUGUAUGACAAACUUUUAUUUGAGGUUUACAGCCUAAAUCUUGUGUGUAGGUGAGCAAGAGGCCUAGAAAUGUAUCUGAAUGUUGAACAUGCAUGAUCAACCUCUCAGUUUAGAAGUAGGGGUUUGGUGAGGGAAUGUAUUGCCAAUCUGAUAUUUUUAAUCCAUACCUACCUAUGCACUUAUUUUACGUCAAUCUUGUCAUAUUUCAUAAACUGUCAACUGUAACUGAAAACAACUUUAAAGGCAGUGACAUACAUACUGAAAUUAUUUUGUUUUUACUUUUGACUCUUGAUCAUUUAUGUGAGUAAAUAGGUAUUUGUUGACGAGGGAUUAAGUUUGGUUUGAAAACUGUAAACAAAAUACUCAGAAAAUACUAAUCGCCGAUAGACUGUAUUUUGAACUCAGAAAUAUAUAUAUUUCUGAUUUUCUUGUUCUCCAUCAUCACUUGUUCAAAAUGUAAGCGAUCUCCAGCUUUUCUCUCCUAUUUUACAGAAGAAAGCCUAGUCGGUCAAGCUUUCACAAAGGGCUUUAAACAAGUGUAUUUCUACAGCAACCAUUGUAUGGUGUUGAUUUGAAGCCUUUCAAUACUUUUUAUUUUACAGUUUACAACUGCUUCUCAGUCUGUGUUCGUGGAGGCCCCUGCCGCCAGAAACAUGAUCGGUCUGAACAAAUGUGAAACUAAAUAAGCCGCACACCAAUAUUUAAUCUUUAUUAUAUUCUAGAUAUGAAUCUAAAGUCUGAUGAUACCACUUUAGACUUGGGCUAUUAAUCUAAAUAUCAAGUACACUUGGAUUGAAAAAUAAAUAUCAAGGAGUCUGAAAAGCUUGUCAGUACAACCAAAGUUCAA